CGUCAGGGGUCGAAUAACACCACUUUCCGGUCAUGGGGUCAUUCUGGGGUCACGUGGAUGAGGGACUUUUCUUUAUCAUUAUAGCUGUGUGGUGGAUGUUGCACGCUUUCAGGGAGUACAUCUUGGCUGAGAGCAGAGGUGUCCAAAUGAGACCAAACAUCCACUAUGACGUCAUGAUCAAGAGACCGCUGCCUAUUGAGAUAAUUUUCAAGAUCCUCUUCCCCAUCGUUGGUUUUCUAGGUGAGCUCCUAGACGGCGGCGUCCACUUCCAGGACGAGCACGGCAACUUCGUCAAGCUCAUCUAUCAGCAACACAUGACCAUCUACGGCAUCUUCAUCAUCCACGGCAUCACCGACCUCAUGGCAUGGUUUAGGGUCCCACUGUUCCCAAACUUCAACUACCUGACGGCCUUCCUGUCCUUCAUGUGGUACGGCGUGGCGUUCUACUACCACGCCAGCAUGCACGGCAAGGAACCAGUCGAGACCAUCGUUCACAUCCUGCCCAUCUACGUCAUGUUCAUGAUCAGCCUGGCCAUUUUGCUGGAGAUCAAAUGGAGGGAAGGCGUCUGGACGAUGGUCGUCAGGUCUUAUGGAGUACUCACGCUGGGCACGUGGUUCUUACAUGUGGCCUUCAUGCUGUACGUGCACGACCGGUUUCCAGGGGGCGAGGCUUCAAACCUGGACAGGACUGACCCCAACAACGUCACAUAUGUCAAGGCCAUGUUCGGCCUUCACCUUCUGGCCAACCUUGUGAUCAGUCUUCUGCUCUACGCCAUGGUCUACGUCACCUUGAGGAUAAGGUUAAAGGUUCACAUCAAGAUGCCCAGAUUUGGCGAGGAGAGUGAGAAAUAUUUCUCGCUGAAAAGUUACAAGAAACUCAAAGCUAAAAACCAGGACACGAGUUCAGAGGAUAGCUCACUGCUAACAAACGACCAGCCAACCAUCUGAUCAAGCCAACCAUUUAACCAUCCAACCAUCUGACCAGCCACCCAUCUGACCAACCAACCAUCUGAUCAACCAACCAUCUGACCAUCCAACC